AUGAUGGCAGAUGUCAGUCCCAGGACUGAUACUUCUACUGACGCAAGUACAGAGGAUAAGAAUUCCAGGUUUCAAAAUAAUCAAGCGAUGGCAGCUUUGGGGUCUGAUGGGAGUGACAAAUCCAGAGAUCAGAAGACUCUUCGCAGGCUUGCUCAAAAUCGUGAAGCUGCAAGGAAGAGUCGCUUAAGGAAAAAAGCAUAUGUGCAACAGCUAGAAAGCAGUAGGAUGAAGUUGACACAACUCGAGCAGGAGCUACAGAGAGCUCGACAACAGGGCAUAUUUAUUUCCAGUUCUGGUGAUCAAUCUCAAUCUAUGAGUGGGAAUGGAGCCUUAGCAUUUAAUGUAGAAUAUGCUCGAUGGUUGGAAGAGCACAACCGGAGAAUUGAUGAGCUGAGAGGAGCUGUGAAUUCGCAUGCUGGUGAUGCUGAACUCCGCAUCAUUGUGGAUGGCAUCUUGGCGCAUUAUGAUGAGAUCUUCAGGAUUAAAGGGGAUGCUGCAAAGGCUGAUGUCUUUCAUAUAUUGUCUGGCAUGUGGAAAACACCUGCUGAAAGAUGCUUCCUCUGGCUUGGUGGAUUUCGUUCAUCUGAGCUUCUUAAGCUGCUUAUAACUCAAUUGGAGCCUCUAACGGAGCAACAGGUGUUGGCUAUCAAUAACUUGCAACAGUCAUCCCAGCAGGCAGAGGAUGCUCUCUCUCAAGGAAUGGAGGCCCUACAACAAUCAUUGGCUGAGACUCUUGCUGGUUCUCUUGCGCCUUCUGGCUCAUCGGGCAAUGUAGCUAAUUAUAUGGGUCAAAUGGCAAUGGCGAUGGGUAAACUGGGGACUCUUGAGGGUUUUAUUCGUCAGGCUGACAAUUUGCGCCAACAGACGUUGCAGCAAAUGCAUCGCAUACUGACAACUCGCCAAUCAGCCCGUGCGGUUCUUGCAAUUAGUGAUUAUUUCUCUCGGCUUCGAGCACUCAGUUCUCUCUGGCUCGCUCGGCCCAGGGAGUAA